AUGUCCUUGGAAGAGGAGGAACCGCUCACACUUCCAGACAGUCCAAGAUUCAGAGUUUACGAUAAGAAUGAAAUCAGUUUGCUUGGUCGGUUGCUAAAUCCAGAUUGUCAAUCUAUGGCGCGUAUGAUUGAGUACAUGCCAACAGCGUGGAGAGUGUACGGCAGGGUUCGUGGGAUUGCGUUACCACGUGACCGCUUUCAGUUUGUGUUCCAGCGAGAAGAGGAUCUCCAAACUGUGCUGGAUGAUAGACCUUGGUCAUACCAUCAUUGGGCCAUGGUCAUUGAUUGCUGCACUGCUAAUCCUCCUGAGGACUUUCUCCAAUCCAUGGAGUAA